GCAGCCCGUGGGCCGGCGGGGCCGAACGAGAGGAGCCGGCCGGGCACCGAGGGACGGACGCCGAGGCCUCGGGCAGGAGUUAACCCGGGGUUCCAGGUCUAGGGUCCUGGCUGCAAACUAAGCAAGAUGAGGCGGUUCCUGAGACCUGGACAUGACCCUGCACGAGAAAGACUGAAGAGGGACCUGUUCCAGUUUAACAAGACAGUGGAGCAUGGCUUUCCGCACCAGCCCAGCGCCCUUGGCUACAGCCCAUCCUUGCACAUCCUGGCCAUUGGCACCCGCUCUGGAGCAGUCAAGCUCUACGGUGCCCCGGGAGUAGAGUUCAUGGGGCUCCACCGGGAGAACAAUGCCGUGAUGCAGAUCCGCUUCCUGCCUGGCCAGUGCCAGCUGGUCACCCUGCUAGAUGACAACAGCCUGCAUCUGUGGAGCCUGAAGGUCAAGGGUGGGGUGUCAGAACUACAGGAGGAAGAGAGUUUCACACUGCGUGGCCCCCCAGGGGCUGCCCCCAGUGCCACGCAGAUCACUGUGGUCCUGCCUCACUCCUCCCAAGAGCUCCUCUACCUGGGCACUGAAAGUGGCAACGUGUUUGUGGUGCAGCUGCCGGGUUUCCGCGUGCUGGAGGACCAGGCCAUCAGCUCGGAUGCUGUGCUGCAGUGGUUGCCAGAGGAGGCCCGGCACCGGCGAGUGUUUGAGAUGGUGGAGGCACUGCAAGAACACCCUCGAGACCCCAACCAAAUCCUGAUUGGCUACAGCCGGGGCCUUGUCGUCAUCUGGGACCUCCACAGCAGCCGUGUGCGCUACCAUUUCCUCAGCAGCCAGCAACUGGAAAACGUCAGCUGGCAGCGGGACGGCCGUCUGAUUGUCACCUGCCACUCCGAUGGUAGUCAUUGCCAGUGGCCUGUGUCUAGUGACGCCCAGCAACCAGAGCCUCUGUGCAGCUCCGUGCCUUAUGGUCCCUUUCCUUGCAAAGCUAUUACCAAAAUCUUUUGGCUGACCACCAGGCAGGGGUUGCCCUUCACCAUCUUCCAGGGUGGCAUGCCACGGGCCAGCUACGGGGAUCGCCACUGCAUCUCAGUGGUCCACAAUGGCCAGCAAACAGCCUUUGACUUCACCUCCCGUGUCAUUGACUUCACUGUCCUCGCCGAGGCGGACCCUGCAGCUGCCUUUGACGACCCCUAUGCCCUGGUGGUGCUGGCCGAGGAGGAGCUGGUGGUGAUCGACCUGCAGACUGCGGGCUGGCCACCAGUGCAGCCACCCUACCUGGCCUCUCUGCACUGCUCUGCCAUCACCUGUUCCCACCAUGUCUCCAACAUCCCCCUGAAGCUGUGGGAGCGCGUCAUCGCUGCAGGCAGCCAGCAGAAUGCACACUUCUCCUCCAUGGAGUGGCCCAUUGAUGGUGGCACUAGCCUGGCUCUACCCCCACCCCAGAGGGACCUGCUGCUCACGGGGCACGAGGAUGGCACAGUACGGUUCUGGGAUGCCUCGGGCGUCUGCUUGCGGCUGCUGUACAAACUCAGCACAGUGCAGGUGUUCCUCACUGAUGCAGACCCCGAUGAGAACCUCGACGCCCAGGGAGAGCACGAGUGGCCCCCACUCCGCAAGGUGGGCUCCUUUGACCCCUACAGUGACGAUCCCCGGCUGGGCAUCCAGAAGAUCUUCCUGUGCAAAUACAGUGGCUACCUGGCUGUGGCGGGCACCGCAGGGCAGGUGCUGGUGCUGGAGCUGAACGAUGAGGCAGCCCAGCAUGCUGUGGAGCAGGUGGAGGCUGACUUGCUGCAGGACCAGGAAGGCUAUCGCUGGAAGGGGCACGAACGCCUGGCUGCCCGCCCGGGACCUGUGCACUUCGAGCCCGGCUUCCAGCCCUCUGUGUUGGUGCAGUGCCAGCCCCCGGCCGUUGUCACCUCCUUGGCCCUGCACUCCGAGUGGCGGCUCGUGGCCUUUGGCACCAGCCACGGCUUUGGCCUCUUUGACCACCAGCAGCGGCGUCAGGUCUUUGUCAAGUGCACACUGCACCCCAGUGACCAGCUAGCCUUGGAGGGCCCACUGUCCCGUGUAAAGUCCCUCAAGAAGUCCCUGCGCCAGUCAUUCCGCAGGAUGCAGCGAAGCAGGGUGUCCGGCCGGAAGCGGCAGCCAGCCGGAGCCCCAGGAGAGAUGCAGGCAGCAAGCACCAAAGCAGAGCGGACGGGCCUGCAGAACAUGGAGUUGGCACCCGUGCAGCGCAAGAUCGAGGCCCGCUCAGCCGAGGACUCCUUCACAGGCUUUGUCCGGACCCUCUACUUUGCUGAUACCUACCUGAGGGACAGCUCCCGCCACUGCCCCUCACUAUGGGCUGGCACCAAUGGGGGCACCGUUUAUGCCUUCUCCCUGCGUGUGCCCCCUGCUGAGCGGAGAAUGGAUGAGCCAGUGCGGGCGGAACAAGCCAAGGAGAUCCAGCUGAUGCACCGUGCGCCUGUCGUGGGCAUCCUGGUACUUGAUGGACACAGCGUGCCCCUUCCCGAGCCCCUGGAAGUGGCCCAUGAUCUGUCGAAGAGUCCAGACAUGCAGGGAAGCCACCAGCUGCUCGUGGUAUCAGAGGAACAAUUCAAGGUAUUCACACUGCCCAAAGUGAGUGCCAAGCUGAAGCUAAAGCUGACGGCCCUGGAGGGUUCACGGGUACGGAGAGUCGGCGUGGCCCAUUUUGGCAGCUGUCGGGCUGAGGACUAUGGGGAACACCAUCUGGCAGUCCUCACCAACUUGGGCGACAUUCAGGUGGUCUCACUGCCCCUGCUCAAGCCCCAGGUGCGAUACAGCUGCAUCCGCAGGGAGGACGUCAGUGGCAUCGCCUCCUGUGUCUUCACCAAAUAUGGCCAAGGUUUCUACCUGAUCUCACCUUCAGAGUUCGAGCGCUUUUCUCUUUCCACCAAGUGGUUGGUUGAGCCCCGGUGUCUAGUAGAUUCAGCCAAAACCAAGAACCACAGCCGCCCCAAUGGCAAUGGCACAGGCUCCAAGAGGGCCUUGGGCCGAGACAGGAACUCAGGGAGCCAGAGUGAUGGAGAGGAGAAGAAGCCCGGCCCAGUGAUGGAGCAUGCACUGCUUAAUGAUGAGAGAGUCCUAAAGGAAAUUCAGAGCACACUGGAGGGGGAUCGAGGCUAUGGCAAUUGGCGUUCUCACCGAGUGGCCAUGGGGUACAGCCUCAGCAAUGGGGAAGCAGAGUGAGCAAGACAGUGUCCAGGCUGCGAGAUGACCACACACUACUGCUGCCCUUUGUGCGUGGCCUGUCCCAGUUGGAGAGGCCUGUGCAAUGGGCCAGGCUAGGGGGGCCACAAGCACUCCCGGUCUCCACUCUGCUGCUGCUGCUGCUCCUGACCUCGGGAGAGGAGAGACCCCACCUCUGGGCUGCCCCUCCCGGGCUUUGUCU